AUGACAAAAGUAGUUGUUAUUGGAGCAGGAAUAGCAGGCCUUAAGGCAGCCAUAGACCUGGAAGCCGCAGGUGUUGAAACGAUCAUACUUGAAGCCCGCGAUAGACUCGGUGGAAGACUGCACACAAUACAACCUUUUGGGAAUGGAUUCAACGCAGAUAUGGGUGCUUCGUGGUUUCACGAUUGCUUGGUCAACCCGUUGCUGAAGAAGAACGUCGGGUCGCCGGACGUCACCUACUACUUCAACGAUGGCGAUCAACUGUGGAUCGGUCCUUCCGGUGUUAUAACAAAAAACGACAAAGUGUUGGCUGUCCAGGAAGAAAUGGUGACUUUCAUGAAUGAUUAUUACCAGGACCCAUCCAAAUCUGACAUGUCAUUGAGAAACUUUGCCCAUCUCUACUUGGAACACACCCGAGGCUUACUUACUGACAAACAGGUACGAUAUUCACCCCAGGCCUUCAGGGUGUUUGAAUUAUGGCUGGGACAGGUCUGGGACACUCUUUCCUCGAAACUUUUGAGUGAGGAGGGCCAUGUUGGCAGAAACGCCUAUUUGACGAGUGGCUACAAGUCGGUGUUUGAAAAGGAGUUGGAAGAGUAUCCAGGUUGGAGAGAAAAAAUCAAAUUGAACACUGUGGUUUCAAAAAUCGCACACAAUGACAAAAUUCAGAAGGUCAAUGUGAUAACAACUGGUGGUUCCAGCUAUGAAUGCGAUUACACGGUGGUGACGAUUCCUCUGGGUGUGCUGCAGUUGAGUCCACCAGAGAAAGGAGCUGUGCAAUGGGAUCCACCGCUGCCUUCUUCGUUCUCGAGGAAUUUGGAGAAGACCACCUUUGCUGCUCUCGGCAAGAUUUUUGUGGAGUUUGAGGAGGUGUUCUGGCCAAAGGACCACGACACGUUCAUAUUCCUGGGUGAGCCUGAUAACGAAAUGACCCAGGCAUUUGAGUCCAGGUCAAGUUUCAAGGCCCCGUUUCAAGAAAACGACUAUAGACUCACAAAAGACCCUAAGAAAUGGGAAUAUCCUCUUUAUUGUGUGAAUCUGGAUCGUGCUUCCGAAAAACCGGUAUUGGUACUCUUGACCCAAAACCCAUUGACUGCUUGGAUAGAAGAAGACCCCACUUCAAGGGCCUGGCCCGUCAUCCAACCCAUGAUGGAGUCACUGGCAAAACUUACAGGAAAGGCAUGUCCUUCUUCUCCAAAGGCAUUAGUAACUUCUCAAUGGACCCAGGACCCGUUUGCACGUGGUUCAUACAUGGGAUGUGCUGUGGGUGAUGAGAUGACCGAGGCCAUCCAAGCAUUCAUCGAUCCGAAGGAGAUUUUCGGUGGCUCAAACAGGGUCAGAUUUGCUGGUGAACACACUGUUUUUGAGGGAAGUGGAUGUGCCCAUGGUGCCUGGAACAGUGGAGCCAGAGAGGCCAAGAAGAUUGUUGAACUAAUUAACGGAAAGGCAUCCAAACUUUGA